UCGGGUACAUACCUUCAAAGGAAAUAAUAUCUAGACUCUGUAUGUAAGUACUGUAUUGCAGACCGGCGUUCCACUAAGAUCGACUGACUGAUUGUCAGUUUAUAGCAACGUGUUUUGUGUGAUCGAAAAAGGGUGAUAUUUCAAAGGUUUUGUGUCUAUUAUUACAAUUUUAAACCAGUAUGGCCGCAAUGUCAGUCAUAGGUAUUGAUUUCGGAAAUGAAUCGUGUUAUAUUGCUGUUGCAAAAGCAGGUGGCAUUGAGACAAUAACUAACGAUUACAGUCUAAGGGGUACACCAUCAUGUGUGGCGUUUUCACCAAAGAACCGAAUAUUAGGUGUAGCAGCCAAAAACCAAAUGGUAACAAACAUGAAAAAUACUGUGUUUGGUUUUAAAAGACUCUUAGGUAGGAAAUAUUCGGAUCCACAUGUGCAAAAAGAGCUUAAACACUUCCCAUUCAAGGUUGAACAGCGAACUGAUGGUGGAAUUGGUAUUAGGGUCAACUAUCUUGGGGAAGAUAAUGUAUUUAGCCCAGAGCAGAUUACAGCAAUGCUGUUCACAAAAUUGAAAGACGUAGCUGCUACUGCACUACAAACUCAGGUUAAUGAUUGUGUCAUAUCAGUACCUAGUUACUUUACUAAUGCAGAAAGGAAUGCUCUAUUAGAUGCCGCUACAAUUGCAGGUCUCAAUGUAUUACGUCUUAUGAAUGAGACAUCAGCAACUGCACUUGCCUAUGGUAUUUACAAACAAGAUUUACCUGCACCUGAAGAAAAACCUCGAAAUGUUGUUUUUGUUGACUUUGGUCACAGUUCCCUUCAGGUUGCAGCCUGUGCUUUUAAUAAGGGUAAAUUAAGGGUGCUGGCCACCUCAACAGACCCCUUCUGUGGUGGUAGAGAUAUUGACAUGGCAUUAGCUGAAUAUUUCUGCCAAGAUUUUAUGACUAGAUAUAAACUUGAUGCCAGGAAAAAUCAAAGAGCUUUCCUUCGGUUGUUGCAAGAAGUAGAAAAAAUAAAGAAACAAAUGUCUGCAAAUAGCACUCGUUUGCCUUUGAACAUUGAAUGCUUUAUGGAGGAACGUGAUGUUACUGGAGAAAUGCAGCGUCCUCAAAUGGAACAAAUAUGUACUGAGACUUUUAAUAGAGUGGAAAGGACAUUGAGAGGCAUAUUGCAUAAUGCUAAAUUGAGACCUGAAGAUAUAAACUCAGUAGAAAUAGUAGGAGGUUCUACAAGGAUUCCUGCAGUUAAAAAUUUGAUUGAACAAGUAUUUGGCAAGCAAGCAUCAACAACACUGAACCAAGAUGAAGCUGUAUCACGUGGUUGCGCAUUACAAUGCGCGAUGUUGAGCCCCGCGGUUCGGGUGCGUGAGUUCAACGUCACUGACGCUCAACCCUACGCCGUGCGUCUCGCUUGGGACGCUGCACGAGGGGAAGAUGGCGACAUGGAAGUUUUUCCAGCAUUCCAUGCUGCACCGUUUUCAAAGAUGCUUACUUUCUAUAGAAAAGAGCCAUUUUCAGUUAGUGCUUACUACUCCGAUCAAGUGCCCUAUCCUGAUUCUUUUAUUGGACAAUGGAACAUUAGAGAUGUUCAAGCAACAGCUGAAGGAGAGUCACAAAAAGUGAAACUCAAAGUACGAGUAAACAUUCACGGUAUUGUCACGGUUGCUUCUGCAUCUUUAGUGGAGAAAAAACAAGAUUCUUCUCAAAAUGAAAAUGUUGAGAUGGAAAAUUCCAAUGAAAACGCACAGGGCACCCAAGAUGCCCCAAUGGAGACAAAUGGUGGUUCCCAGGAACAACAACAACAACAACAACAAAACGGGCCUGAUAACCAAGAGGUGAGAGAGGACGAAAUGAAAGGAGAGCCGCAACAAAAACAAUCGUGGACACAGAGAGUAGGACAGUGGUUCAGCGGGGAAAACAAUGAUGACAAAAAGGAUAAAUCGAAAGAUAAAUCCAAGAAGGUUCUUGUGAAAACGAUUGAAUUGCCUAUCGAUGCACGAACACAUGGAUAUGCUCAACAUGACCUGAACAGUUACAUGGAACAAGAGGGUAAAAUGCAAGCCCAAGAUCGUCAAGAAAAAGAACGUGCGGACGCCCGUAACGCACUUGAAGAGUAUGUUUAUGAGCUUCGUGGAAAACUGUCGGAGGGUGAAGUUCUUCAUGAUUUUGUUGCUGAAGAUCAACGUCAACGACUUGUCAACCAACUUGAUGCACUGGAACAGUGGCUGUAUGAUGAAGGAGAGGAUCAAAACCGACAGGUAUACAGUGACAAAUUGGGGGAAUUGCGAACGGAAGGGGAGCCCAUAAAACAACGGCGACUUGAAUUUGAACUUCGUCCCGGAGCUCUUGACGAUUAUGCUCUCGCUAUUCAAUUAACUAACAAGGCGGUUGAUUUGUACAGAUCGGGCGAUGCGAAGUACGCGCACUUAACCGAAGCCGACAUUCAGAAGGUCGUGGAUGCUGCUAAGAACGCGCUGGCGUGGCUGGAGAACGCCCGACAGGCACUGGCCCACGCGCCCCGACACCUGCCUCCGCCACACACCACCCACCAGAUACGGCAGGAGAGACAGACUUUCGAAAAUACGGUAAACCCUAUUUUGAACAAACUUAAGCCUAAGGAGAAGACUCCACCACCAGCUAAUCCCACCGCGGGCGACGGCCAGACAACCGACGCACCAUCGCAGGAACAAAUGGAUGUCGAAUGAACACUGUCUCACUCAUUUACAUACAGACACCCACAGCUAAAACUGAAUAACAGCAAAACUUUAGACAAAAGCCUCAACUCCGCGUCAAAGCUAAAGAAACAUGUUGCCGAAUGUUAUCACAACUUACAUAAAGUGGCAUUAUAGUUGAGUUAAUGAGUUUAAAUAAACAGGAUGAACAAUUAAUUAAACUCGAUUCCAACUUAAAUAGCAUUUUAAUUGAAUCUCCAAGUAGGUAAAAGUAAUGAUUUAAUAUAAAAAAAGAGAUGAUUCAUAUUUAUUAAUUUUUCCUAUAAUGCCCCUUUGGUAAUCAUUAUAAAUCAGAUAAUCAUCAAGAUAGAUAAGUCAGGCCUGAAGUUGUUAUUUAGUUAACUGGAGCCGUCAUUACUAGCUUACCAAUAUACACAUCUCAUAGGUACAUAAAAUUUUACUAAAUUAUUGUUUUAAACUUAACACAUGCUAAAUACAUAUUGUGAUUUAAAAAAAAAUAUAUAUAUUUGUUGAGACAAAUACCUAUUACUUUAAAAUAGCGCAUUUCUAAUAUAGUACACUGGAUAGUAUUAAUUGUUUACCUUUUUUUUUGGUUUAUGUAUUUUUUGUACUGUUGCUAAAUGUUUUCAUUGUGAUAAAAACCGAAUAAAUUAUUUGCUGAAUCGAUGUAAGCAAUUAUAUGUAAUUUGAAAUUUUGCUUACUGCUUCAGUCGAUACUAUAGCAUAAUUCUGUUUUGGUCAUUAUAGCUAAUUAUUAAAAUUAAUAUAACUUAUAUUGUAUCUGAAGUUUUUUUUUUUAUUUUUCGGCACUACGAUUCAUACUCCAAUUAAAAAAACGAUAUAUUAAAUAUCCUUCCACGUAUAGACUGAUGUUACAUUUGUUAACGCCACAUUCAAAUUAUUAACAGAAUUGACAGCUAAUUUAAAUUGUACACUGAUUUCACGUGAAAUGAAGGUAUAGGAAAAUCUACUCUAACAUCUACUAACAGCAAUUAAAUUUUGUUUACCUUUAUAAUAUAAACUGAUUAAUAAGAUUAGAUUAGACUCAUAAAAUCCUCAGCCAUUAUAAAUAAAUGGAUUUAUUACAUGUUAAUAAAAACAGUACAGUUGUAAUAUCGAUUCUGUUAAGUCGAUUUUCCUUUUCUUUUUAUUGGUAUCUUUAUAGCUAUAUACAGCAAAUUAAUUCAUAUGAUAGAUAAAAAUACUCUGGAGUUUGUUUCAUAGACAACUACAAUUAUAUUGCAAUACAUACAAAUAAUUGAGAAAAACUGUUGCAAAUAGCAUUUAUAUUUGCAGCUGUUUGUUAGUAACAAAAAAUAUGUAAGAUAGCACUGGCAUACAUUGUAAAUUUUAUGGUUGAACCAUUGUAACAUUACUUGUGCAUUAAUAAUGUUAAAGCUUAGUAAAAGGAUGACUUAA